AUCCUAGUCACAACUCUCUCUAUUUACUCUGAGCCGCUUCUCUUUGGUAUUCACGUCUCUUUCCCCUCAUUUCACCACAAACAAACACAAAACACUUGCUCCAUUUUUUUCUUCUUCUUCUUCUCGUGUCUUCGUAGCUAUCAACUCUUCAUCUCUUCUACUACUACUUUAAUGGCGACAUUGAAUUUGCAUACAGGAGGACUACACGCCGCAUUGAAAUCCGACGCGGCGGCUAAAUCAGCCGCGUCGUUGGAUCGGCUUUCAUCGGCAAAGAACAUCGGUGAUUUGUUCUUCUCCGAUUUACGUUUCCACCGGAAACGAGUGAACGGUUUGAGUCAAAUCGUGGCUGUUAAAUCACCUGACCAUAUUCGUGGUGCUAAUAACAAUGUUCAUGCUAGUUAUGAUGAUGAUGAUAACAGUAAUUUCAAUGUACCUCUUACGUCAUCUUCCAGUCCUUACAGUCUGGGAAAGGAAAGUGUGUAUCUGAACUCUCCAAGAAAAACCAAGAUAGUUUGCACAAUUGGUCCCUCUACAAGCUCAAAGGAGAUGAUCUGGAAAUUGGCAGAAGCUGGAAUGAACGUGGCACGUAUGAAUAUGUCACACGGAGACCAUGCAUCACAUCAGAAAACAAUUGACCUUGUUAAAGAAUACAAUGCUCAAUUUGAGAACAAGGUUAUAGCAAUAAUGUUGGACACUAAGGGACCUGAGGUGAGAAGUGGAGAUGUGCCACAACCCAUACUCCUUAAGGAGGGUCAAGAAUUCAACUUUACCAUUAAAAGAGGAGUCAUCACAGAAGACACUGUUAGUGUAAAUUAUGACGAUUUCAUAAAUGAUGUGGAGUUGGGUGACACACUACUCGUUGACGGUGGGAUGAUGUCAUUAGUUGUGAAGUCAAAAACCAGCGAUGUAGUGAAAUGUGAAGUUAUUGAUGGGGGAGAACUGAAAUCAAGACGGCAUCUAAACGUAAGAGGAAAAAGUGCCACCCUACCUUCAAUAACAGAGAAAGAUUGGGAUGAUAUUAAGUUUGGCGUGGACAAUCAAGUUGACUUCUAUGCUGUUUCCUUUGUGAAGGAUGCAAAGGUGGUCCAUGAAUUGAAAGAUUACCUUAAAAGUUGUAAUGCAGAUAUUCAUGUUAUUGUAAAGAUUGAAAGUGCAGACUCCAUCCCAAAUCUCCACUCGAUCUUAACUGCAUCUGAUGGGGCAAUGGUGGCCCGUGGUGAUCUUGGAGCUGAGCUUCCAAUCGAGGAAGUCCCACUGCUGCAGGAAGACAUUAUUAGAAGGUGUCGGAGCAUGCAAAAACCUGUUAUAGUAGCCACAAACAUGCUUGAAAGCAUGAUAGAUCACCCAACCCCAACCAGGGCAGAAGUCUCAGACAUUUCUAUUGCAGUACGUGAAGGUGCUGAUGCUGUAAUGCUUUCAGGGGAAACCGCUCAUGGGAAGUACCCGUUGAAGGCAGUUCACGUGAUGCAUGUUGUUGCAUUAAGGACUGAGUCAAGCCUACAAAACAGUACUAGUUCUCCAAGUCAAUCUGUCGCCCAUAAGGGCCAUAUGGGUGAAAUGUUUGCCUUCCACUCUUCCACAAUGGCUGAUACCCUUAGCACUCCCCUCAUUGUCUUCACAAGAACUGGGUCCAUGGCAAUAAUUUUAAGUCAUAAUCGGCCUUCAUCAACAAUAUUUGCUUUCACGAACAAUGAAAGGGUGAAGCAGCGUCUUGCUCUGUUUCAUGGUGUCGUCCCUAUAUAUAUGGAGUUUUCAGAAGAUGCAGAGGAGACCUUUUCCCGAGCUAUCAAGCUUUUAGUGAACAAAAGCUCGGUGAAGGAUGGGCAAUAUGUCACUCUUGUCCAAAGUGGAGCACAACCUAUCUGGCGUAGGCAUUCUACUCACCACAUACAAGUCCGUAAGGUCCAAAGUUGAUAUGCGUAUUCUUUGGUCGAAUCAUGUUGAGUGGUAGACAUCUAGGAUACAGUUUCUUAUAUACAGUUCCGCAUUUGAUGAAAUUGGAGAAAUCUUCUUAAAAAGUUACAAUUUCGAGAUACACAUGUAUCUGUUUUGGCAUUGUUUGUAUCAGUUUUGUAUGAACUUUCUAUCAAAUCUGAGAAUGGAAGCUUAAGAUUUGAUAACUUUGUUUAGCAUCAUUUUAAAA